AUGAUCAAUGAGCAGGAUGAGCUGACGAUCAAUGAGCAGGAUGAGCAGAUGAUCUAUGAGCAGGAUGAGCAGACAAUCUAUGAGCAGGAUGAGCAGACGAUCUAUGAGCAGGAUGAGCUGACAAUCAAUGAGCAGGAUGAGCUGACGAUCAAUGAGCAGGAUGAGCAGAUGAUCUAUGAGCAGGAUGAGCAGACAAUCUAUGAGCAGGAUGAGCAGACAAUCUAUGUGCAGGAUGAGCAGAUGAUCAAUGAGCAGGAUGAGCUGACGAUCAAUGAGCAGGAUGAGCAGAUGAUCUAUGAGCAGGAUGAGCAGACAAUCUAUAAGCACGAUGAGCAAACAAUCAAUGAGCAGGAUGAGCAGACAAUCUAUGAGCAGGAUGAGCAGACAAUCAAUGAGCAGGAUCAGCAGAUGAUCUAUGAGCAGGAUGAGCAGACAAUCUAUGAGCAGGAUGAGCAGACAAUCUAUGAGCAGGAUGAGCUGACGAUCAAUGAGCAGGAUGAGCUGACAAUUAAUGAGCAGGAUGAGCUGAACGAUCAAUGA